AUGGAUUUCUUAAAGUCUGCAGUCGCUUCUGCGAUAUCAAAGGGUCCUCCGUUUCCCUAUACUUUCGGGGAUCAGGUUGAUAUAGAGCAGUCCAUAUGGAAGUUAUACAACGGCACCAAAAGAGGAGAUGGCUCCGAUUGCAGUAUAUUCUCUUUCGAUGUCACUGCGAAUAGAUCUCGAUUACCUUUAGCCAAAAAUGCUGUUAAGAAGCUUCGAACAUUACGACAUCCUGGAGUAAUCAAAGUGCUGGACACAGUUGAGACCGAUACAUAUAUCUAUAUUGCCACAGAGAGAGUGGUCCCUUUGAGAUGGCACAUCAAGAGAAAGAGCAUGAGCCCGGAGACACUGAAAUGGGGGUUAUUUAGCAUAGCACAAACAAUCAAAUUUAUUAAUGAUGAGGCCUCAUCCGUCCACGGGAUGCUGCGAGUAGGAUCAAUUUAUACCAGUGAAAGUGGAGAAUGGAGAGUUGGAGGAUUUGAAGUAUUAAGCAAUAUGAAUGACACCGAGGCAAUCAUUUACAAUUAUGGCAGUCUUGUACCCGAUUCCAGACAAUAUACCCCUCCAGAAUUGGCAAAUUCUGGCUGGAAUUCCAUCAAGGAACACCCGAUAUACGCGACCGACUCUUAUAAUUAUGGAAUUUUGAUUUUUGAAGUCUUCAAUGGCGAAUUCAUGGGUAGCGAGCAAGCCGGACAGACGAAGAAUAUACCUCCCGCCAUACAGUCAAGUUAUAGACGUUUGGUCAAUAGCAAUCCUAAAGCUCGGCUGAGUGUUGGUCAUUUCCUUGAGCAAGGUCGUCGAAGUGGAGGGUUCUUUGAGACACCUCUAAUCAAGCUUACUGAAGGGGUGGAAAAUCUUGGGAUGAAAACGGAAACUGAACGAGAAGAAUUCUUGAGUGAUCUUGAUGAGCUAUCAAAUGACUUUCCAGAGGACUAUUUCAAGAUGAAGAUUCUCCCCGAACUACUAAAAUCUGUCGAAUUUGGAGGCGGUGGGCCGAAGGUCUUUGGUGUUGUUAUGAAGAUUAGUACGAAGCUUACAGAUGAUGAUUUUGAAGCAAAAGUCACACCUGUUGUUGUCCGACUGUUCAGCAGUCCCGAUAGAGCUAUUCGGGUGUGUCUUCUAGAUAAUCUUCCACUUAUGAUCGAUCGAUUAUCACAAAAGGUGGUCAACGAUAAAAUAUUCCCCCAAAUGGUCACUGGUUUUACGGAUCUUGCACCAGUAGUACGAGAGCAGACAGUCAAAGCAGUUUUGACAAUUAUUGGGAAACUAUCAGAUCGGACAAUCAAUGGAGAACUUUUGAAAUAUCUGGCAAAAACUUCAAAUGAUGAGCAACCUGGAAUACGAACGAACACGACAAUCUGUUUGGGCAAAAUAGCCAAGAAUCUAGGACUCAGCACGAGAUCGAAAGUCUUGAUAGCCGCCUUCACACGGUCACUUCGCGAUCCAUUUGUACAUGCUAGAAAUGCAGCUUUGCUAGCAUUAUCUGUUACAACCGACUCCUUUAACGAUGAUGAUUGCGCUAACCGUAUAUUACCGGCAUUGUGUCCUUGUCUAAUUGACAAGGAAAAGCUCAUUCGAGAUCAGACAAAUAAGACAAUGGAUGUUUACCUGCAGCGCAUUCGCAAGUCUGCUGCCGCAAUGCCUGAUACUAUUCUACCACCGCCAACCACAGGUGAAGUUACCUCAUCAUCUGCACCCCGAAUGAGUACGCCACAACCUAGUGAUGCAGGUCCAUCAUGGACAGGUUGGGCUAUUUCUUCAUUUACCAAUAAAGUAGCUGCAGCUUCUGGUGAAAUUCAACCAACAAGUGCUGUUGUAACACCAGCUAUUACACCAGAUACACGUUCUAUCCCGCCACGACAAGAAAAUGAGCCUCGCCGUUCAACCCAAUCUGCAUCUGCCUUACAUCGCCAAGUCGUGACUUCACCAGCUGUUGCCUCAACGAAUACAUCAUCUGCUGGGCACUCUUAUUUUGAAGAUACAAACGCAGGAGAAGACGAUAUAGAAGCAUGGGGUGACAUGAAAGAAGACACCUUCUUCGACGCACCCAGCGAAUCCACCCCGACAAUUACCACCACCACAUCCAUCCCGAAUAUUACCACCAGCACGUCCUCAACCGCAACUCCUUUUGACGAUAAUGGUGAACCAGAUUUCGCAGGCUGGUUGGCGGCCCAACAAAAGAAACCAGGACCACAGAAAUCGCUUCCAAAAGGCCUGGCAAAACCAGCGGCAAAAACUAACGGGAGACCUAUUUCUUCAGGAAGAACUACCACGGCUAGUUCCUUAGGAGCAAAUAAAACUACUCCUGCUGCAGCGACAAAACCGGUUGUGACUAAGAAAAUUGAUGCAGCGACAAAACCGAUUGUGACUAAGAAAAUUGUCACAGCGCCAAAAGCUAUAGAUGAGGAUGCUGACUGGGGGGAUGGAUGGUAG